AACUCCCAGGCCGGCCGGGUCACGCUAUACAUCCUGGACCGAGGCAGGGCGCAGCAGCUAGAUAUCGCCUGGGAAUCAUGGAGGCCGGCGCCGGAGGAGGGAACUGCGCGGGCGUCGUGGCCGUCGCGGCGGUGUCGGCCGCGGUCACGCUCGCCACCGUGCGGCUCUACCACGGCCUCGAGUCGGACUUCAGGCGGAAGAUCCAGCUCCAGCUCCAGCAUAGACAUAGUGGCCAGCCGAGGUGCGUGAGACCGGCGACGGCGGCCAAGAAGAAGGUGCGGUUCGCGGAGUACGACGUGGUGCUGGAGCCGUGCUCCAACAACGAGGAGCACCGGAGUCUCCGGAGGCAGAGGCCCACGGCGGGCGCUGCUGGGGGUGGCCAGAGUCACCUGCAUGCACACGCUCAGUUUUCGUUUUGAUUUGUCUUUUUAUUUUUCUACCAAACCCCUAUACCUUUGCUGUUUUGCUUAGGAUCCAGACGCACCCCAAGAAGCGAAGCGCUGUAAAUAAUUUAUCUUAGGCAAUCCACCAUCUGGUAGUGAAAAGCUGACAACAAAUUACUACGGAGUAUUUGCAGUUUUGAAUCAUAA